CAUAGGCCCAUUAUAACGGCCCAAUCUCUAAAUUAUUAAAAACCUAUGUAAAUACUAAAAUUUCAUUAGGUACGAGUCGAUCUGUGGACGGGAGGAAAAAGUGUCGAAAAGUUUGUGCCCGACUUCGCCGCCACCGUCGUUCCUUGUCGCCGAUUCCAGAUUCUUUGUAUGCAACUUUACUGUUGCUAAGCUCGUAAACCAAAGCUCGGACGAACGUUUGCUACUUGUUUGUGGUUUAUUCAAGAACAAAAGUGUGAGCAAAAAGGCCAACAUAUCACGAUGGAUGAAGAAGAGCAUCCGAGAAGUGGUGAAGAAGAAUGUAGUAUCUCACUUUUCGAUUAUUCUGUUGAGAAUCACUUGAAGGCAGUGGACUCCAUUAGUGAUCUAUGUGGUGAAACUAAUGCUGAUAUUGAUGAGAUUGAUAUCAGCACUCUUUCAUCAUCAGUUACAUUCUUGAGGGAAUGGAGGCAUUUUAAUUACGAACCAAAAAGUUUUGCGUUCUACAACGAGGCUGGAAAAAGCCAUGGAUCAAAGGAUACAAGUCGUCAAACUUUGCCUCAGUUCUCUUCGGCACGAGUUCCGAAGGGUAAGAUACAUGACGAUGAAUCAGCAUCAUUAUCUGGUGAAACCAGCAAGGAUUUUGUGAUGCAUGUUGGAGGCUCUGUUUGGGCAUUGGAGUGGUGUCCCAGGAUUCAUGGAAAUCCAGAUGCUCAGGCAAAAUGUGAGUUUCUAGCUGUUUCUACUCAUCCUCCUGACUCAUACAGUCACAAGAUAGGUAUUCCUCUUACAGGUCGAGGCAUCAUUCAGAUAUGGUGCAUUAUAAAUGCCUGUUGCAAGAAAGAUAGCACCCAUUUUUCAGAGAAAAGUAAAAAAAUGACAGGCAAGUCUCGCAAAAAACCAUCUAGUGAAACUACGGAAACAACAGAACCUAAGAAACCAAGAGGCAGGCCCAGAAAGCAACCAAUAGAGACAACAGAGCCUAAGAAACCAAGAGGUAGACCUAGAAAGAAGAGUAAUGCCGAGUUACCUGCUGAGCUUGAUGGUGGCGUUCUCUAUGUUGAAGCUCUGUCUGUUCGGUAUCCAGAAGAUUCAGUUGUUUCCGCAACUCCUCUUCGAAUACUACAAGAAACUCCAGUAACAGAACCUAAGGUCAACAAUGAAGGUUCAGAACAAAUACUGUCUUCGGAAAAUGCAAAUAUUAAGCUUCCUGUACGGAGAAAGAGACAGAAAACCAAAGGUACUGAAGAAAGUUGCAAGCCCAUGCUAUUAGAAAAUAGUGAAGUUGUUGGAAAUAUACUUGGCGAACCGUCCUCAGGUAUUUCUGAAGACAUAGCCCUUCCAAGGGUUGUCUUAUGUCUGGCCCACAAUGGAAAAGUUGCCUGGGAUAUGAAAUGGCGUCCCUCACAUGGCGAUGAUUCUCUUAAUAAGCAUAGAAUGGGAUAUUUAGCUGUCUUGCUGGGAAAUGGAUCUCUGGAAGUGUGGGAUGUUCCACUGCCUCGCACAACAUCAGCCGUAUAUUUAUCUUCCAAGAAAGCUGCAACUGAUCCUCGUUUUGUGAAACUGGCUCCCGUUUUCAAAUGUUCAAACUUGAAAUGUGGUGAUAUGCAGAGUAUUCCUUUGACACUUGAAUGGUCGACUUCAAAGAACCCUGAUUUCUUACUGGCUGGUUGCCACGAUGGCACGGUUGCUCUUUGGAAAUUUUCUACUACUACAUCUUCAGAAGAUACAAGACCCUUACUUUUCUUCAGCGCAGAUACAGCUCCCAUAAGGGCAGUUGCGUGGGCUCCUGGUGAAAGUGAUCAAGAAAGUGUAAACAUAGUAGCUACUGCUGGACAUGGAGGUCUGAAGUUUUGGGACUUACGUGAUCCGUUCCGUCCUUUAUGGGAUUUGCACCCAGUACCAAGGUUUAUUUACAGCCUCGAUUGGGUACAAGAUCCAAGAUGCGUUCUGUUACCCUUUGACGACGGAACGUUAAGAAUCUUAAGCUUGGUGAAGGUUGCGUAUGAUGUUCCUGCUACUGGAAAUCCUUAUCCAAACACUAAACAGCAAGGGUUAAGCGUUUAUAACCUUUCAACUUUUCCCAUUUGGAGUAUUCAAGUAUCAAGGCUAACAGGCAUAGCAGCCUAUUGCACUGCAGAUGGGUCCAUUUUCCAUUUCCAGCUUACGACCAAAGCAGUGGAAAAAGACACAAGAAAUCGGAGUCCACAUUUUCUCUGUGGGAAAUUGACAAUGAAAGAUUCCACCUUUAUAGUACAUAGUCCAGUUCCAGACAUUCCGAUUGUACUAAAGAAACCGGUUGGUGAGACUGGUGAAAAACAGAGAUGCCUUCGAAGUCUCUUGAACGAAUCUCCUAACCGAUAUGCAUCUAAUGUUUCAGAUGUUCGGCCUUUAGCAUUUGCACACGAGGAGGAUCAGGAUUUAGAGCCUGAAUUUGGAGGAACAGACAAUAAGGGACCAAAAUUUAAGGCUAAAAAAGGAAAGAACAACAUAGGAGAAGUCGAUGAGAACAGCAGAGCAUUAGUCUGUGUUAGUGAAGAUGGCGAUGAAGGAGAAGAAAGAAGAAACAAAGCAAGCAAUGGUAGCAUUGGAAUGAAAACUGAAGGGUUUCCACCUAAAAUGGUUGCGAUGCAUCGCGUGCGAUGGAACAUGAAUAAAGGAAGCGAGAGAUGGUUGUGUUAUGGUGGAGCAGCCGGGAUUGUUCGGUGUCAAGAGAUUGCUCCAACCUCAAAUUGGAAACCUCAGAGAUAACGCUAUAGUCUAUAGUCCCAUGUAACAGUAGUCACUUACCAUCUUGAGUGUUUAUACCAAAAAACAAAAAUGUUGGGUUUUGUUGUAACAAUGAAUAGUAGAAACUGAUUCAAUUCAAGAACUUUAUGA